AUGUCGGCUUUUUUGCAAAUUAAAGUGCUGAUUCUUCUUCCAAUUCCUCGAAUUGCAGUGAGAGCGAUUACUACCUUUUCCCGGCCGUCCACGUUGGUGUUCAGCACCCGCAGGAUGUGCUGGAAGUCCGCCAUGUUCGUGGCUCGCAGCGACAUUUUCGAAAUCCUCUCCGCCGCUCGGAAAACCCUAAUAUAA